CUGUCGGGCCUUCGGAGGUGAGACUGCUAAGUCUGAUGGCUUUCAGCAGCUUUGGGCCUGGGAAAGGGGGCCCUGGACUUCUGGGAGAGACCUCGUUAAUGUUCCAGCCUGAGCUAGGAACCCAGGCCAGAAUGGAGGGACUCGCCUGGGUAGCCGCUGUCAAACCUUGGCUUGCUUCGCCGCCUCUGCUUGGUCGUCAUCUUAAGGGUUAAGGUCCCCAUGAUGCCUUCUGAAGCUAUUCCUGAACCUGGGCCCUCAUUUGAGAAUAACUCACAGGCUAUGUUUAGUACAGACUAGCCUCUCCAGCCCUUCCGUUUCCCCUCAUUCACAUUUUGGGUCCUGCCAAGUGCAGGUUUACAUUCGGGUUCCCCCUGGAUUGACGAGUCCCAUAGGCUUUGACAAAUGCAUACACUCACGUACUCGCCAUUAGAGCUGCACGCACAAUGUAAACUUGCUGCUCCUUGCUGCCGGAGGGGCUCCUCUGGCCGCCUGCCUCCCAGCGGAGCCGGCACUCCGGAGCUGUCACUAUACCUCACGCCCCAGCUACAGCAGGUGGCACGCUGCCCCCCUGCUAGGUUGAAUAAUUCGCCACCCGAUCCCAUAGCUAGAUUCUUUGGCCCGUACCUGACACGUGACCAACAACAGGCCGCGCAGAAAGCUGAAACUAGCGCGAGGGCGGGGGCAGACAGAUCAGCUGCGCCUGCGCAAAGCCGCCGCUGGAGGAGGCUUUGUUCUGAUUGGUUCAAGCCGCGGACUUCCCUUUGUAUGGUUCGGAGGCGGGAGCCGGUCCCGCCCUCAGCGUCCGGAGUCAGUCGCUUCCGGUUCGCAGACCGAGACGGGCAGCGUUCCCAGGCUCCGAGAUGCGCGGGCAGCUGGGCGAGCAGCUGCGCUGCCUGGAGCUGCAGGGCGAGCUUCGGCGGGAGCUGCUGCAGGAGCUAGCCGAGUUCAUGCGUCGCCGCGCCGAGGUGGAGCUCGAGUACUCCCGGGGCCUGGAGAAGUUGGCAGAGCGCUUCUCCAGCCGCGGGGGCCGCCUCGGGGGCAGCAGCCGGGAGCACCAAAGCUUCCGGAAGGAGCCUUCCCUCUUGUCACCCUUGCAUUGCUGGGCCGUGUUGCUGCAGCACACGCGGCAGCAGAGCCGGGAGAGCGCAGCCCUCAGCGAGGCAUUAGCGGGGCCCUCGGCCCAGCGCCUGAGCCACAUCGCGGAGGACGUGGGACGCCUCGUGCGGAAGAGUAAGGACCUGGUGCAGCAGCUGCAGGAGGAGCUCCUGGAGGUGGUGUCAGAGCUGCAGACGGCCAAGAAGACCUAUCACGCGUAUCACGUGGAGAGCGUGAACGCCGAGGCCAAGCUCCGAGAAGCUGAGCGACAAGAGGAGAAGCGGGCAGGGCGCAGUGCCCCUGCUGCCCCUGCUGCCCCCGCUGCCGCCGCCACUGAGGCAGGGCCCCUCCGCAGGAGCUCCGUGAAGAAGGGUGGGCGGCUGGUGGAAAAGCGCCACGCCAAGUUCUUGGAGCACAAACUCCAGUGCACAAAGGCACGGAAUGAAUACCUGCUGAGCCUGGCCAGCGUCAACGCUGCUGUCAGCAACUACUACCUGUGCGACAUCUUGGACCUCAUGGACUGCUGUGACACAGGCUUCCACUUGGCCCUGGGGCAGGCGCUCCGGAGCUACGUGGCUGCUGAGAGCCGCACCCAGGCCUCUCACAUGCAGGGCCUGUGCAGCCUGGAAGAGGCCCUGGAGGCCCUGGAUCCCCCAGGGGACAAGGCCAAGGUGCUUGAGGUGCAUGCGACGGCCUUCUGCCCCCCGCUGCGUUUUGACUACCAGCCCCAUGAGGGCGAUGAGGUGGCUGAGAUCCAGGUGGAGCUGGAGCUGAGGGACGAGCUUCUGCCCCGAGCCCAGAAUAUUCAGAACCGCCUGGACCGGCAGGCGGUCGAGACUGAGGAGGUGAACAAGACGUUGAAGGCGACACUGCAGGCACUGCUGGAGGUGGUGGCGUCAGAUGACGGGGACACGCUGGACUCCUUCCAGGCCAGCCCCUCCACCGAGUCCCUCAAGUCCACCAGCUCCGACCCCGGCGCUCGGCAGCUGGGCCGGAGGCGGGGCCAGCAGCAGGAGACGGAGAGCUUCUACAUCGCGAAACUCCAGGAGUACCUGAGCGGGCGGAGUGUCCUCGCCAAGCUGCAGGCCAAGCAUGAGAAGCUACAGGAGGCCAUCCAGCGAGGUGCCAAGGAGCAGGCGAUGUCUCGAACCCAAUACACGCAGAGAAAGUUCCAGAAGAGCCGCCAGCCUCGCCCCAGUUCCCAGUAUAACCACAGACUCUUUGGGGGAGACAUGCAGAAGUUUAUCCAGAGCUCAGGCCAGCCCGUGCCCCUGGUGGUGGAGAGCUGUAUCCGCUUCAUUAACCUCAACGGCCUGCAGCACGAGGGCAUCUUCCGGGUGUCGGGUGCCCAGCCCCGGGUCUCAGAGAUCCGUGAUGCCUUCGAGAGAGGGGAGGACCCGCUGGUGGAAGGCUGCACAAUGCACGACCUGGACUCCGUGGCUGGGGUGCUAAAGCUCUACUUCCGGAGCCUGGAGCCCCCCCUCUUCCCUCUGGACUUGUUUCACGAGCUUCUGGCUUCUGCAGAGCUGGAGGCCGUGGCCGAGCGAGUGGAGUCCGUGAGCCACCUGCUGGCCAAGCUGCCGGCGUCGGUGCUCGUGGUGCUGCGCUACCUCUUCAGCUUCCUCAACCACCUGGCCCAGUACAGCGACGAGAACAUGAUGGACCCCUACAACCUGGCCGUGUGCUUCGGGCCCACGCUGCUGCCCGUACCUGCGGGCCAGGACCCUGUGGCCUUGCAGGGCCGCCUCAACCAGCUGGUGCAGACCCUCAUCGUGCAGCCGUCCAAGGUGUUCCCGCCCGCAACCGUGCUGCCGGGCCCCGUGUACGAGAAGUGCAUGGCGCCGCCGUCCGCCAGCUGCCUGGGGGACGUGCAGCUGGAGGGCCUGGCAGGGGAGAACGAGCCAGAGGAGGGUGAGGGACUGGCAGGCACGCCCCCCUCCGUCCCCGCCCCGGGGGCCUCCCUGGCGCCACCCUCGGACCCGGGGGCCGUCACGGAGGCUGUGGCCUGCUUCGCCUACACGGGCCGCACGGCACACGAGCUCACGUUCCAGCGCGGGGACGUGCUGCGGCUGCACACGCGGGCCUCGCCUGACUGGUGGCGGGGUGAGCUGGGCGGCGUGCGGGGCCUCAUUCCACACAAGUACAUCACGCUGCCCGCGGGGCCAGAACCAGGCACCCCACCGGAGACUGUGGGCCCAUCUGGGCGCAGACGACACUGCUUGCUCCCCACGUCCCCGGAGCGGCCAGUGGAGGUGGACAAGGCUGUGGCACAGCACAUGGAGUCUGUGUUUCAGGAGCUCUUGGGAAAGACGGCGGCGGCCACCUUGUCCGGCCCUGGCGCCCGCAGCCCAAAGCCAGUGGCCUGCAGCCGCCUAGGCAGGAGCAAAGGCUUCUCCCGUGGCCCCGGGGCUGCGACGGCCUCCUCAGAGUCCCAUCCCCAGGGCCCGGACUCCAUCUUCAAGCCGCACUGAGCUGUUGUGGCAGAGCUGCUGGCCAGGCUCCUUUACAGGCCCCGCCCUGUCCCAGAAGGCCACUGGCGAAGCUGGCCAGCCUGCGCAGGCUCAUGGCUUUCCGGCAGCCCUCGCUUAGGCGCCUGCGGGAGGCAGCUGAGCCAGGAGGCUGGGCCCGCCUCUCUGUGGCUCUGCCGGGGGUGGAGUGGGGGCGCUCAUCAGCCUCUCCCUCAGCUGCGGGUGGACAUUGGCGGUGAUUCAUAAAGACCUGUGCGUGGA